GUUUGGUUCUGGUUGUGUUUAUUGAGAGUGGGUAUUGUUGAGACAAAAGAGAUGGAGGAAUAUGCAAGAAAGGGUGAAAGGUAUGGCGGCGGUUCUGAGGAGGAAAAGCUUGAGCUGAGGCUUGGUCCACCAGAUGGAGGGUGGUCCUCCAGAGGAAGGGAGGAGUCUUCUUCACUUCUGAGUUUUGGGUAUUUCUCUAAUGGUGGGAAGAGAGGGUUUAUGGAGUGUGUUAAUGGAGGUAGUCAAGCCCCCCACAAAUUCUCUUCAUUUCUUCAGCUGAGUUCACAGGGCCAUAUGGGUGUGACUGUGAAGGAAUCAUCACAGCCUGGUUGCAACAAAGGAGUAGAGGUUCAGAGUUGUUCAGAAAAGAAGGCACCUGCAAAUACAACACCCACAGCUGUGCCCAACAACACCUCUCAGAAAAGGACUGCUGCUGCUCCAGUUGUGGGGUGGCCUCCACUGCGUUCGUUUAGGAAGAAUCUUGCGAGUAGCAGCAGCUCUCAGAAGCCAGUUUCUGAGGCGCAAAAUGUGGUCCCAAACAAGGCUUCCAGUGAAAAACCCAUGGAAAGUAACCCGAAAGGCUUGUUUGUUAAGAUCAACAUGGAUGGGGUUCCCAUUGGAAGGAAAGUGGACCUUAAAGCCUAUGACAGCUAUGACAAGCUUUCCUCCGCUGUUGAUGAACUGUUUAGAGGACUUCUUGCAGCGCAAAAUGAACCUUGUGCUGGUGGAAAAUGGAACAAGGAAGACGGGGAGAAAGCCAUUACUGGGCUUCUGGAUGGGAGCGGGGAAUAUACUCUUGUUUAUGAGGAUAAUGAAGGGGACAGGAUGCUUGUUGGGGAUGUCCCUUGGCACAUGUUCGUGUCUGCUGUGAAGAGGCUGCGGGUGUUGAAAAGCUCUGAACUUUCCACGCUAAGAUGUGGGAAGCAGGUGAAGCUUUGAGGUUUAGGAAGAUGAAGCAGCAGCCAUUUGUUUCUGCAACUCUGACAUAUUAGAGAGAGCAAAAUUGAUGGUGUUUGAGCAGAAAGAGAUUGUAUGUAGAUUAUUAUGACUUUUGGAUUUGGGAUGAUAUGAUAAUUUUCACUUGCCUUUAUUAUUAUUAUUAUACUUUUGGAUUAUAGUCUUCUCCCAAAAGUUAGCUGUGUAUGAAAAAACAGACAACCAGAUGUUUUUACCAGUAAAAUUUUCUUUUCUUACCAAGUAUUUGUAACUGUUGUUACCUAUCUGUGUUGUGUGUUUCUUGAUUCAUAAACCUGGGAAUGAAAUCUUGCUCU